AUGAACGGGACGGAGGGCCCGAACUUCUACGUGCCCUUCUCCAACAAAACGGGUGUGGUACGCAGCCCCUUUGAGUACCCACAGUACUACCUGGCUGAGCCAUGGCAGUUCUCCAUGCUGGCCGCCUACAUGUUCCUGCUCAUCGUGCUUGGCUUCCCCAUCAACUUCCUCACGCUCUACGUCACGGUCCAGCACAAGAAGCUGCGCACGCCUCUCAACUACAUCCUGCUCAACCUGGCCGUGGCCAACCUCUUCAUGGUCUUCGGUGGCUUCACCACCACCCUCUACACCUCUCUGCAUGGAUACUUUGUCUUUGGGCCCACAGGAUGCAAUUUGGAGGGCUUCUUUGCUACACUGGGCGGUGAAAUUGCCCUGUGGUCGUUGGUGGUCCUGGCCAUUGAGCGGUACGUGGUGGUGUGUAAGCCCAUGAGCAACUUCCGCUUUGGGGAGAACCAUGCCAUAAUGGGCGUCGCCUUCACCUGGGUCAUGGCACUGGCCUGCGCUGCACCCCCCCUCGUUGGUUGGUCCAGGUACAUCCCUGAAGGCAUGCAGUGUUCAUGCGGGAUCGACUACUACACACUCAAGCCGGAGGUCAACAACGAGUCCUUUGUCAUCUACAUGUUCGUGGUCCACUUCACCAUCCCCAUGAUCGUUAUCUUCUUCUGCUAUGGGCAGCUUGUCUUCACAGUCAAGGAGGCGGCAGCCCAGCAGCAGGAGUCAGCCACCACCCAGAAGGCUGAGAAGGAGGUCACUCGCAUGGUCAUCAUCAUGGUCAUUGCUUUCCUGAUCUGUUGGGUGCCCUACGCCAGUGUGGCAUUCUACAUCUUCACCCACCAGGGCUCCAACUUUGGCCCCAUCUUGAUGACACUCCCGGCGUUCUUCGCCAAGUCCUCUGCCAUCUACAACCCUGUCAUCUACAUCAUGAUGAACAAGCAGUUCCGGAACUGCAUGCUCACUACCCUCUGCUGUGGCAAGAACCCACUGGGUGAUGACGAGGCCUCCACCACCGCCUCCAAGACGGAGACCAGCCAGGUGGCACCGGCCUAAGCCCUGCCAAGGACUCUAUGGUCAACUGUAGGAGUCUCCCAUUCCCUAUGCCUACCCCCAGCCACAGCUGCCCCACCAGGAGCCAGGUCUGUUGGAACCAGGUUGCGCAGACUCCUUGAGUUAAAAAAAAAAAAAAAAAAAAAAAAAAGAAUAACGAGAGAAAAAUGAGGCUCCCCACUCGACAAGUAUGGCCCGAUCUGGAGUCCUGAGUUCCCAGGGGCUGGUGGGAUCUCUGCCCCUUCUCUCCCCAACUCAUGUCUCAGGAACACAAGAACUCUUGCUCCCUGGAAAAGUGUCCCAGCUUAGGGAUAAGUGUAUAGCACAGAGUGGGGCACACAGUAGGUGCUUAAUAAAUGUUAGAUGGGUGAAGGAAGGAACGAAUGGGGGAAUGAAUGAAGGAAUGAAUGGGCAGGGAGAGCAUAUCUACCCUCUCAAAACCACCUUAGCUGCAGCUCACCCUCGGCUGAUGUCCUUGAACAGUUUCCCUCCCUGGGCCUCACUUUCUUCCCCCAGAAAAUGGAAACCCCAAAUCCUUGGUCCUGCCAACGCAUGGCUGCUGUGAAGAUCAAAUGAGAUUUUGAUCUCAUAUAUGUGUGUAUAUGUGUGUGUGUGAGUGUGUGUAAGCACUUUGUAAAUGGUAAGGAGCUGUACAGAUUGUAGUUAACAUUAUGAAUAACACCAAUUAAUAUAAUUAACUAAUAUGAUCAUCUCUUCUUGAUAGUGACCAUUUUGAGACUGGGCAAGGCCCUGAGCAUCCAGCCUCAGCAGGUUUUUUUUAAAUUUACCAGAUGUCAAGACCAGACCAGGGCUGGUGGUCAGUCUGCAGAGAGGGACA